AUGGAGUAUACGGAUAUUUUGAGACAACUAAGGGCGAUGUUUGAGGCACAAGGAGGUGAAAUACUUGAAAUUCCGACUCUGCCACGUGAAGAUGGGAAAGGGAAAGGAUUAUAUAUAAAAUUGCAUCUUAGAUAUGAUACAUCAAGUUUCAUAUUAUUCAUGCGUGCCUCGGAUUUGUACGUCAUUGGCUACGAGAGUGAGGUGGAGCUGGUGUCGUUGAAACCCGACAAAGAGAGAGCACAAGAGAUGGAUAAACAUUUUGCCAGCCGUGAUCAUAAUUUCAACUUUGAGAAAGGUCACGGCUGGCAAAAUGUUUAUUCAUCUCUUGUGCGGGCUUCAACGACACCAGCUCCACCUCACUCUCGUAGCCAAUGA